CAUUUCAAACUACUUAUCUUCGACCUAUUGUAGUUUACCCUAAAGUGCUGAAAGGUGCUGCAAAUUUUGCUACAGUUCAAAACACUUCACCACCACUAAGCCGCACUUAUGGUAAUCUAAAGGACGAAGAUCGAAUUUUCACAAAUUUGUAUUUACGACACGAUUAUAGACUAAAAGGUUCCAAGCAAAGAGGCGAUUGGUACAAAACUAAAGAAAUAAUAUUAAAGGGGCAUGAAUGGAUUUUAAAAGAGAUCAAAGAAUCUGGACUUCGAGGUCGUGGAGGUGCUGGAUUCCCAACAGGCUUAAAAUGGAGUUUCAUGAAUAAGCCACCAGAUGGCCGUCCUAAGUAUUUGGUAGUUAAUGCUGACGAAGGUGAGCCAGGUACGUGUAAAGAUCGUGAAAUCAUGCGUGGUGAUCCUCAUAAACUUGUUGAAGGGUGUUUAGUGGCUGGAAGAGCAAUGAAUGCUUCUGCUG